CUUGCAGUAUCUCGUUGAAGUUGAAAGCCGGGAGGAAAACAUAACCUUCCUUUGUUGCUGUCAUCUCAUUCUCACUUAUACAUAAAUAAAUGUAAUUUUUAUAAUAAGAAUGUCAAGACACGAAGGAGAUAAUGAUUUCAAUGAAAUGCAGAAUUUCAAUGAAGACAAGAGCAUCCAUUUAAAUACCUAUAGAAAACUCGUGAAAUCCUACGUCGACCUGCAUCUUUACAGUGCAGCUCUUUUCUGGGCUGAUAAAGUUCUUUCAUUGAGCAAUGAUGAUCCAAAAGAUGUUUGCACUUUAGCUCAGUGCAUGUAUUUGAUGAAACAGUAUCAUCGGGCUGCUCAUCUCAUCAGAAGUCGAGGCUUGGAGAAGACCGAUCUUAUGUGUCACUAUUUAACAGUUCGAAGUUUACUAGAAGCUAAGGAAUUUAGUGAAGCUUUACAAGUUAUGAAUGAAUUGGAAAUUUGCACCAACAUAUCGCAGUCUGGAGUGAGUUUCAUGGCUCAAACUAAUAUUCUUCAAGAUGCGCCAAAGAAUGUACAAAGCGCAAUUCUGUACGUAAAGGGCAGAGUUUAUGAGGCAACUGAUAAUAGGACAGUCGCCACGGAUUAUUAUAAACAGGCACUACACUCUGAUGUUUAUUCUUAUCAAGCGUUUGAGGCUCUAGUGCAGAAUCAAAUGCUUUCUGCUGCUGAAGAGAGAGAAUUACUAGAAUCUCUGCCAUUCAAUGAGCAAUGCUCAGAGGCAGAUCGGGAACUACUGAAAUUACUUUAUGAGAGUAAAUUGAAAAAAUAUCAGGAGCCUACAGAGGACGUGUCAUUAACGUCCUGCAAUGUCAAAGGAAUCCUCAUCACCGACAAAUUCCAGGAGAACCUGGACAUGCAAGUAGCUAAAGCCGAACGACUGUAUUACAAUUGUGAUUACCAUCAGUGCUUCAAUCUUACGGAAAAGAUUCUGAAAAAAGAUCCGUACCAUAGCUCUUGUUUACCAGUGCACAUAGCAUGUCUAGUAGAAUUAAAAAAGACCACAACAUUAUUUUAUCUGGCACAUAAACUCGUUGAUCUGUAUCCUGACAUGGCUCUAGCGUGGUUUGCUGUUGGUUGUUACUAUUUUGGUAUAGGUAAAAGUGACCAUGCACGAAGAUAUUUGGCAAAAGCAACAGCUCUUGAUCGGUUAUUUGGUCCAGCCUGGCUAGCUUAUGGACAUUCCUUUGCUGUUGAAAAUGAACAUGAUCAAGCAAUGGCUGCUUAUUUCAAAGCCUCACAAUUAAUGAAAGGAUGUCACUUACCACUUUUAUACAUAGGCCUGGAGUGUGGCCUAACGAAUAAUCUUAAAUUGGCUGACAAAUUCUUCCAGCAGGCACAAACUAUUGCACCCAACGAUCCUUUUGUCAUCCAUGAGACUGGAGUGAUAUCUUUCUACAAUAUGGAUUAUAAAACGACAGAAAAACAAUUCAAAGAGGCAAUGAGAAGAAUUCAAAAUGGACUGAAGGAUGUUAUUCUGCCUAGUAAAUGGGAGGCAUUACUUAACAACUUGGGGCAUACAUGUAGAAAGCUCAAGAAAUACGAGGAGGCUCUGGACUACCAUCAGCAGGCAUUAGUGCUGAAUCCAUUAAAUCCAUCAACCUACUCGUCAAUUGGCUUUAUUCACGCACUAAUCGGCAAUACUCAGGAGGCAGUAGAUGCAUUUCAUCGAGCCCUCGGACUCAGGAGAGAUGAUACAUUUACCACAACAAUGCUGGGCUAUGUUAUGGAACAACUCAUUGAUGAGAGCCCACCUUAUCUCGAUGCCCCAACCGAAAUGCCAAAGUAUAAAUUCUCGGACGCGCGAUCGUUCUCGCAACCUUCUGAAUGUUCGGAUAAUCAGGCGGCGGGACCUGCUGGAGCUCAGGAUCAAGAAAUUAACAAAUUACGAGUUAAUUUGUUCUCCAGUUGGGGUGAAGACUCGGGGAAAAAUGAUGAGAAUACGUCUGAUAAAAAUGAAAGCAGAUCUCGAGAAGUUGUGAAUUAUUCCACUGGAGAUAUGAGUUCGGAAGUUGAGAUGUUGGAUUCUUCGACAGCUCACAUAGAGUAUAAUUAAAAUUAAUAAAACGCCUUCAUUUUUUCGUCUAAACUGAAUGAAUCCUAUUUUUUUCUCUCCUUUUUCAUUUGAGUUUCAGUGAUGAUGAUGAUGAUGAUGAGAGAGAGAAAUUUUAAGGGGGCGGUUUCUGAUCUACGCGCAUGCGAUUCAGCCACAAGGAGGGAAAGAGGGAAUAUGAGUUGGGGAGACUGAGAGAAUACGAUAUUCAAUUAAAUAAUACUCACUCCAAGCUCUAACAUUCAGUUUGCCGAGUGCCACCGAGUGUGGCUAGUGAUUGAGAAUCAUGGCUGGUGUUUACUAAUCUAGGAUUUCUAUAAAGAUUUACAAAUUACUCUCAAUUAAGACAGCCGGAGUAAAAACAUUUUUAGAGGGCAAACAAUACGAGUACAAUAUUCUCAUAGAAAUCCAAAAAAUUAAAUAAAUCACGACUCAAUAAAAAAUCAUAAAAUACUCGUCAAACUACA